AUGCAGUACGUCAGAAGCCUCAGCGGCUCUGUGUCGAAGACAUGGAACUCGAUCAACCCAGCCACUCUGAGCGGAGCUAUUGACGUGAUUGUCAUCGAGCAAGAGGAUGGAACCCUUGCCUGCUCGCCCUUCCAUGUCCGCUUCGGAAAGUUCUCGCUUUUGCGCCCGUUCGAAAAGAAGGUGGAAUUCAAGGUCAACGGAGUUAAACAACAGUAUGCAAUGAAGCUAGGGGAAGCGGGCGAGGCGUUUUUUGUGUUCGAAACCACCGAUGAGAUUCCCGCGUCACUACAGACUUCCCCGCUAGUGUCGCCUGCCAGCAGCCCAAAGGUGCCUAGCGAAGAUUUUGCGUCAUCACUUCAGGAACCAGAGUAUCUGGACUUGGAGAAGAAUGGGGAUGUGGUCUCCGAGGGGACGAAGACCCCACCUAAUAUACCGAUAUCAAGACAGUCGCGAGCUGCAACUGAUCUAGGUACAAUAACGCCCCUGUCGCGGUCUCCCGACGGCUCAGACCUAAGUCCCUCGCAUCAUGAUCCGUUCAAUACCCACCGAACCAAACCAUCUCUCGAUCAUUCGAUAUCCGAUGAUCUGCUUUCGACUAGCCUCCCUCGGGCUGCGACCGAGCAGCUAUCCUCGCCAAACGGCUCAGCUCAUGACGAGGACGCUGACCGAGCUGGUUCUCGUAGUCCACCUCCGGUCUCUGUAGAGGAAGCGAUGUCCCGUGCGAUGUCCCUGUCCAAGAAACUCACAGGUUCUAACAUUCAGUCACAUGUCACGGAAACAGGCGAUCUGAUGCUGGACAUGACCGGGUACAAAAGCAACGAGGAAGAUGCCCUUCGGGCCGAAGUUCUCGCUCGCAAGAUCCUCGCCGAGGAAUUAGAAGGGAGCUACGAUAUUGGCGCGCUCAUUGGAGCCGAUGAACAUGGGAAUCUAUGGAUCUAUAGUAGUGAAGAGGCAAAAGAAGCGGCUGAUCGGAGAGCCGCCAUCAAUUCCAUGCGACCGAACACAGUCCUAAGUGAUGAUGCGAUCUCAGACCCAGGCUAUCACAGCGAAGGUGACCAUAUUACUCCCGAGUUACCGAUUGGGGCUCGCCACCAUCGAACAAAGUCAGAUGUUCAGCCUGGUUUUCCCACACCUCCCCAAACCCCAAUGCAUGAUUCCUUUGCUGUCGAAACCCGCAAUUAUGCCAAAACAUUGCGAUUGACCAGUGAUCAACUUAAGGCUCUUCAGUUGAAACCAGGAGCCAACACUAUGUCCUUCAGCGUGAACAAAGCUACAUGCACUGCGUCAAUGUACCUGUGGAAUGGAAAUACCCCGAUUGUGAUUUCCGAUAUUGAUGGGACAAUCACAAAGUCGGAUGCGUUGGGCCACGUUCUGAACAUGAUUGGACGUGACUGGACUCAUACUGGAGUCGCCAAAUUGUACACUGAUAUUGUGAACAAUGGCUAUAAUAUAAUGUACCUUACUAGUCGAUCCGUUGGUCAAGCCGAUACAACACGGGCAUACCUUUAUGGUGUCUGCCAGGACGGAUACCGUCUUCCCAGAGGCCCUGUCAUCUGCAGCCCAGAUCGUACAAUGGCAGCUCUCAGACGAGAAAUUUAUCUUCGGAAGCCAGAAGUCUUCAAAAUGGCAUGCCUCCGGGACAUUCUCAAUUUAUUCUGCGGGAAGGAGAAUCCAUUCUACGCUGGCUUUGGCAAUCGACUGACCGACGCCUUGAGCUACCGCACUGUCAACAUCCCGUCGACACGGAUCUUUACCAUCAACUCCAAUGCGGAGGUUUCUUUGGACCUGCUCAGCCUCAACAAGUAUAAGAGCAGCUAUGUCAGUAUGCGAGAAUUGCUUGAUCAUUUCUUCCCUCCCACAAGUCUUCUGGUACACUCCGGUGGUGAAGAAUAUACGGAUUUCACCUACUGGCGAGACACCCCGCAAGAUUUGGAAGAUUUUUCAACCACCGACAGUGAAGAUGAGGAGGACCCACUGGAUGAUGAAGUAGCUAACGAAGACGAAGACGCGGACGAAGAAGACUAUGAUGAUGAGCUUAGCGACGGCGACGAAUAUCCUGACGAUGAGGAAGGCACUGAUCUUGGUGCCAGCUACCUCUCACAAGGCUCGGUCAUGUCUAAUCCGGCGGGAUCAAUUUUGGAGUCUGUGGAGGGAGACCCGAAUCCUCUGGACCUUGAAACAGAUGCCGAGGAAGAUGAAGGCUUGCCAGAAAUGAAAACCGUGGGUAUCAAAUCCCUGCCGACUCGUCCCAAGCCCUCACAAGAUGCCUGA